UGAUUUCAAAAGUAUCUUGGAGGUGUAAAUGGUGACCUGGGCCCUCCUGGCCAGCCGUGACAACUUCUACUAUUGCCUUCCGUGUUCUCCGAGGUUUGCAAAUGAUGGUAGGUACUUCAAUUGUUCGCCUCUAAGCCCAAGUGAACGUUUCGAAUAUUAUAGGAUGUAGCAAUCACCUGACAACUCCAGCGCUUCGUGCGAGGGGGAAGGUUUUACUUUUCUUGGCGGACUUCGGAACCGCCUUUAGCAAACCUAGCCCCCGCAGCUCUCCUGCACCACUGCAAAUUGUGCAAAACACGCUUCGCAGCCGUCGAUUGCGGCAUGACCAAUGCGCAGCCAUGCAGUCAGCGUCGCAAUCGCUUAACUUGGUCGAAAUCCGCAGCCGAAGUCCUCCCACCCCCGUUAGCGCUCAGUUCUCUACCCUGCAUCGAGUUGUGUUCCACCAUCCUGCCUACGUAUCCACGCAUCUCCUCGAGCUGACCGCAUUCGAUGGUUCGGAAUCUCGUCGCGGAAUUCACCAACAAACAGCGCUGCUGGUUUGCGGCAUCAUUGUGGGCAAUACCUGGGACGAGUGGUUCACCGAAACCCGAAACGGUCCAUGGCUGGAGCUGGACGUAGACGCCUUGAUGACUGGGACAGAGUAUUUCUUUCACGUUGCUAGGCCAGCCGGAAAAGAUGGUGGAACACAAUCGGCGUAUCGAUACCCGGUCACAGCCUCUUUCGAUAACUGGCUAUUCCCCCACUACAACCCGCCUCAUGGCUGGAUCUUUCAGGACGACAGUGCGUCUGCAAUUCAUGCGGUUCCCUCAGUUUCGAAUCUCUCCCAGGCGAUCAGAGACCGCGACAUCCGUUGUAUUCUUAGUGGAUACCAAGAUGGCUUAGAGACAGCCUAUCUUUGCCCCCGCAGCGAAAACAAGUGGUCUACACGUUAAGAGAUGAAGAGGUAUAAUAUUAAUCGGUCACCUACUGGCAUGCUGGUCGAUGACAUAGCAAAUGCACUGUCUUUGAGGUUAGAUAUCCAUCGCGCAUUCGACAAGAGGAGUUUCAUAUUGACGCGGAAGCGAGGAUCCUGGGUGCCACAUUUUUGCAAGGCAUAUUCGACCUGGGCCCGGC